UCUGUCUCCUCAGUUCUGGAGCAGUUCAUUGAAACCAGAACUGCUGCUAGGAGAGCUAAGCCCUACCAUCCUUGCCUCUGGAAACAAGAUCCAAGCAAGAGGCAGCAAAGCAAGGCAAUCCUCCCUUUUCCAUACACAAAAAGAAGCGAGCGAGUUAGCGAGCGAGAGAAAGAAAGAAAGAGAGAGAGAGAGAGAGCUACAAGGGACUUGCUAAACCAAAUACAACCAGAAAUCCAGCCAAGCGAGAUCACCAUGUCAAGAGUGCAGAGCCACAUGGAUGAAUGCUGCAACCACUCAGCCUUGUUCCAAAUCUGUACGCAAGAAGUUGAGAGCCCCGCUGGCAGUUCCAAGGCGCAGAAGAUGUGCACUUCCUGGCGGAUAUUGCUGCUCGCACUCACCUUCCUGGCAUACAUGGUUGAUUCUGUCUCUGCAUAUGGCCCGGCGGAAACCCUCUGUGGCGGCGAGUUGGUGGACACACUGCAGUUUGUCUGCGGGGACAGGGGGUUUUACUUCAGUAGACCUGUGGGCAGAAACAGAGGAAGGCUCAACCGUGGCAUAGUGGAGGAAUGCUGCUUCCGGAGCUGUGAUCUUAAUCUCCUGGAAACUUACUGUGCAAAAUCUGUCAAAUCUGAACGGGACGUCUCAUCAACUUCUCUUGUGGUCUUACCAGCCAUCAACAAGGAUACCUUUCAAAAGCCCUCUCAUGCCAAGUACUCAAAAUAUGACAUAUGGCAGAAGAAGAGCUCACAGCGCCUUCAGAGAGGGGCCCCCAACAUCCUCCGUGCUCGUAGGUAUCGAUGGCAAACUGAAGGACUGCAGGAGUCCGAGGAAUCCAAGAUCCAUCGCCCUUUGGUGGUCCUGCCCACGCAGAAGCCCCUUCUUCUGCAAACCACCUCGGAAACAUCGGGCAGCCAGAAGUGAACUGCGAUGAACCAUUGGCAAACUGGAUUUUUCCUUAUUUUUUUGUUCUUCCCGGUCAUGUGGGAAAUACUUCCCUGGCCUGCCCCUACCCUUUCUCUCCCUCAGACCAAGGUAGAGGGAGGGAGGGAGGGUGUGUGCCCUUUUACACCCAGGAGCAACAAAUAAGGGGGCACCGUAACACCAAACAACUGACAUAGAAAGAGCGGGAUUACAACAUCGGCGGUGGCAGCAGCUUUUCUGUGGCAUUGUCUUUAAGUUUUUCAAAAAAUCUAUUUGUUGGUAUUGUUCCUUUCCUACCCAGUAUUUUCAGCCUUUUCUUAAAAGGGACAGUCAAGGCACUUGAACUAUUUAAUAUUGGGCCACUGCCUUUACCAACCAACGAAGACAGAGCGAGAGAAGAUAAUGACACUGAAAGAAGCCCAGUUUGUGUCUGUAUUGACAAUAAAAGUGAAAGUGGGGGUUGACAUCUGAGGGCCUCACAUUUUGGCCUCGCUUCCACCCCGUUAUUCCUGUUUAAGAAGUCACAGCUAGUCUAUAGUAUGUGUUUGAGGGUUUCGUGUUUUGUUUUGUUUUGCACGUUUUAAAAGCCAGAGAAGAAAUGAGGCCCACUACCUUUUCCAGAUGUACUUGCACCUUUUUAAAAUCACCGAUGAAGAGUGUGUAUGAGUGUGUGUGAGUGUGUGUGCUUGUGUGUGUGCAUUUGAGGGGGAGAGAGAGUGAGAGAGAGUGAGAGUGAAUGUAGGUUCACUUUAAUGGAGGAGGCGUCUGCAUUGCACAUUUGCCACAGAUUUAGUUGAAUUAUAUAAAUAUAUAUUAUAUAUAACUUUUUUUUGGCAGAAAAGCACUAUUUUUAAUGGGACCAUUUUGUGGGCGUGCAUGUGUGUGUGCGUGCGCGCGCGUGUGUGUAGUAACUGAAGAGGGAUUGUAAUGUUUAAAUAUUGUUAUGGUGCUAAUGUAGGUUGGAAGGGGCAAAACAAAUCCAGAAAAUGAAAGGAGGGUGGGAUGGGAAGGAAAAGAUCUCGAAUACUGAACUUGAAAUUUUUAGCUUUUCGUUUUAGGAAAGUGUGAUAAGUGUGUGUGUGUUUUUCUCUUCUGAAAUAUAGCUUGGUCAUGACCAUAUGAGCUAAUUGCCUUUCACUCAUAUACAUAAAAUAGACACAUAUACCGCAGCACAAAAUCAUCUAUAUACAUUUAGAUCAGAAUAAUUUUUCAUUCUUAAGUCCUUCACUCACUCUCUGAUAUCCAGGACCUGCAGCAUCCCACUGCAAAGGCCGAGGCAAACACGUCUGCCUGGUGGCUCUUCCACUCAGUUCAUGGGCCUGGUCGCUUACCCAGAGCACCCACUGACUUUGGCAGCACGAGAGUCCCAGGGUUCUCUCACGUUUGCCAUGUUCCUGCCUCCCUCUGCCACCUUCUGCCCGAUGGCGUGCCACACGUCAGUCACUGACUAUUUACAUCUUUCAGGUCUGGCGAGAACAGAAGCGGUUGCCCAACUGAGCCUCUCUUGGAGGGACAGCUCAAAUGACCAUCUCCUUAUUGUGCGGCUUCAUUUGCUUCCUUCCUCCUUGCCGAAAGAGAAAGGUGCAGCUCUUCCGGGGCUCUCUUGGGCAUCCCUUCAUGGCAGCAAUAAUGGAUAACCACUGUAAAAUUUCCUACUUUCUCCCUGCUCCCAGAGAGAGAGAGAAAGCUGCAAAGGGAAAGGAGUAGAGUAAGACAAUAAAUAGGAGAUUGGGCCCUCUUCACUGCCCCAUAAUUCUUCAAGUGCAAGGGAGGCUUAGCUUUUGAAUACUCCCAUACUUUAGGGUGCAAAACCAGAAUCUGAGUUGGGGUGAGAAAGUUAACACAAUUAAUUUUGCUGGUUGCCCAGGGCUUGGAUUUUGGAGAGCUAUGUAGAAAGUCAUACAAUAAUAAUGUUACAUAAUCGUCUGUCUAAUCUAUCAACCAUUCCAACAGGGGAAACUCAGUACCCCUAUCAUAUAUACUCAGUUGCUUAGAAAAAGGGGAACAUCUAAUAAGUUCUGUACCUGCUUUGCCUUAUAUAUAUAUGUACAUUUAAAGAACAUAAAAGAUUACUUGAAUUGUAUUCCUUUUUUAAAAAAGAAAGUGUAGGGAGUGGGUUUUAUUUUUUAAUGCAUUACCAAUUAUUAAAUGGUUACCUUGCAAUCUUGAGCCAUGAAACCUUUGGGGUUUUGUUUUGUCUUUGUGUUGUUUUCCAUGGCACUGUGAAAUAGAACAGUAAACCCCUUAACUUGUUAUAAAGGAGGGAAAAAUGAAUAGCCCAUUUAAAAAGUUUGGGGGCAGAAAAAAGGGGGGUGUUAAAAUUAUUUUUGCCAAACAAAAGCUUUGUUAGAAGCCCUUUACUAAAAGGCCUCACUUCUUAAAAAGCAACAAACAAAAUAUUCACCCAAAAGGAACAAGCCUUCUUUAUAGCUGCCUACAUAAGUUAUGCCAGAGGAGGGAACAGAGAGGAUCACUUCCUUUUCAAGGCAUAGGAGUGAGGAAAAGCAGAGAGAAUUUAUGUAUAGUCUAGGCUCAGUUUGUAAUAUUCUCAACAAAGCUGGCCCUGCUGUUGAAAAUCAGUUAAGUAUGUGCUUGCUUUAAUCUUAUGGAAUAUUGCUCUCAAGUCAAUGGAAUGUCCAUAAAAUUAAAUAUACCCUUAAGUAGAGGUGAAGUGUUUUCAUAAUGCUUUACCAAUACUUUUCAGGGGGGAUUGGAAAUGUAGAUUCAAAGCCAACUUAACAAAAACGUUAGACCCAAAUUCCAACAUAAUAAAUCCAGACAAAGCUCCUGAAUGUGAUCAAGACCUGAGUGUUAGGUAGUAGCUUGACUGGCUGGUUUUCCUUUCCAAGCUGACAGUGCACUCUUUAAAGCUUGAUCCUAUACAUGCGUACUUAGGCAUAAAGCCCCAUUAAACUGAGUAAACAUACAUAGGAUUCAUGUUUACCACUUUAUGCAAAACUAAUGGUGCAGCCAGAAGAGAUGUGUUCUAGUUCUGGGAUAUUGCCUUACACUAGAGGGAUCAUUCCUUGUCCAGGUCACCAGGGUGCCUUGGAUAUACUAAGCUGAGAUAGUUGAAACUGACCCAAGAGGCCUGCAAAAUCUAUACAAAGGCACGUCAUGUUUGAGUGGGUGGUAUUAGGUUAUGGGUGUCUUCAAGCCUUCCACUGCAGUGAGCAAAAGCAUAACUGAGUCGCUGAGGUUGCUUCUUCCACAAAACAGCCAUGGAAAUCAGCCUCUCCCGAAAAGCAACAUCUUGCAUGAAAUGACAAGGGAAAAGAAGGCUGGCUAACUUUACAGUAGAAAACGGAACGUAACCCACUAGCGGUUAGGUGUAAAAUAUCAUUAAGGUGCACAAUUGAUUCUUGGGGCAUUUUUAGUUUUACAAACUAGCAUUUUAAAAAAAUUGGUAGAUUGUUUUGGCAAGGUGGGAUAAACCCACUCGAUCAGUGGGAUAAACCCACUCGAACACACACUGAUCAGCUUUCUUCUACCCACCUGAUGCAAAGCGAUUGCACUUGCAGGGAGAAGCAUAGUUCCCCCGCCGGUUCCACUGACUCCCCAUCCCGUAACAAACUUCAUCCAUUGCAUCCUGCCUGGUUGCAAGGCUCAGUCUUUUGGUGAUGGACCUAGCUGCCUCUGCACUAAAUGAAGGGAAGAAUUGUACUUGUUGUUAAAAAGUGCUGUGCGUGUGUGCGAGUGUGUGUUGGGCGGAUUUUUUUUUAUGUAUAUUGUCUGCUCAAGUUUUAUAUGGUGGGGAGGGAAUGGGGAAGGGGGGCUGGAAAUGAGUAUUGAUGUAUCUUGAAAUAUUUCACUUGUGUGCACUCAAUAUGCAAGAGUCAAACUGCCCGGAUUCUGCACCUAUUGUACUUUCCAUUCGUAAUACAGUAUCAAUAAAACAAUCAGUUAUAAUGUU